AUUAAAGCAGCAGAAUUUAUUUUAUUUUGGUUGGGUUCGCGCAGUGAUACGCAAUAAUGUCGCAAAUAUCAUCAAAUUUCCUAAGAAAUACUCUUCAAAAUGGCAAAUAUAGCUGCUUGAAGAAUCCCAUCCAGUGCAAACACACGGCAGCCAAUCCGUUGGAGACGAUCCGUGAACGUCUGGAAAGUGGACCCAGUUUCCAGGACUUCGUGCAGAACCCGUCGUACAAUCGGGAUGAAUGGACCACUUACGAGGGCAAACUCAGACGGGAGAAGGGUGAAAAUGAACGGCUCCGGUUGCCACCCUGGCUGAAGACGAAGAUUCCGAUGGGGAAGAAUUUUAGCCGUAUCAAGGACCAGCUGCGGGAGCUUAAGUUGGCCACCGUCUGCGAGGAGGCCAAGUGUCCCAACAUCGGCGAAUGCUGGGGCGGAGGAGAGCAUGGAACGCAAACUGCGACGAUUAUGUUGAUGGGCGACACUUGUACUCGAGGUUGUCGUUUUUGCAGUGUAAAAACGGCGCGUGCACCACCGCCUCUGGAUCCUGCGGAGCCAAGAAACACAGCAUCGGCAAUCGCUUCCUGGGGCCUGGACUAUAUCGUACUGACGUCAGUGGAUCGUGAUGAUUUGCCUGAUGGAGGAUCGCAUCACAUUGCCGCUACGAUCCGGGAGAUCAAGAGACAGAAUCCUCGCAUUUUUGUGGAAUGUUUGGCCCCCGAUUUUCGCGGAGAUUUAGAAUGCGUCAAAACGGUUGCCCUGUCGGGACUGGAUGUCUAUGCCCACAACAUUGAAACGGUGGAAGCUUUGACGCCAUUUGUGAGGGACCGCCGAGCACAUUAUCGACAGAGUUUGAAAGUUUUACAAAGCAUCAAGGAGAUGAAUCCCAAUAUGGUAACGAAGACGUCCAUAAUGUUAGGCCUUGGGGAGUCGGACGAGCAAGUUGAACAGACUAUGAAAGACCUCCGUUCAGUCGGUGUCGACUGUCUCACCCUGGGUCAGUACAUGCAGCCUACCAAGCGGCACCUGAAGGUAAUCGAAUACGUUACACCCGAAAAAUUUAAACACUGGGAGAUCCGCGGUGGCGAGAUGGGUUUCCUAUACACCGCCAGUGGCCCGCUGGUGCGAAGUUCGUACAAGGCAGGUGAAUUUUUCAUUACGAGCAUUCUGAAGAAUCGCACCGAGGAGGCAGAGAGGCGCAAAGCAAAUACGAAUCAGCACGACACCCAGCCACAGCAGUAGGUAAUGAUGACGCACCUGCAUAUGGUGGUGUGGGUUGGAUGGAGAAAAAGAGCAUAGGAAGAAGGACUCUUGCAGGCGCAGAAUGAUGAAUGUAUUUCGUCCUUCUUAGAAAAGCGUCAGAGUCUGGCACGUAUGUAUAAUAUUUUUAGCUAAGAGGAAUCGUGUGAUCUAAGCGACAUAAGAGCGUUUUUUCCCUUUUCUUGUUGUGUAUGCUUUCCCUUUGUUAGCCUGCUGGCACUUGUUGUUAGGAAAAUAGCGAUGAAAUUAUAUGUAAAUAAAAUAUA